AUGGCUGUCGACUAUCGGCAUGGCGUUGCUAUCUUCAGUCUAAUUAUCUACCUCCCCUGCUUCUUUGUUGCAGUAUAUGUUGCCCUUCGGCACGGCUUUUCAAAGGCAGCAGGAUGGUACUUUCUCGUCAUACUCGCCUUAGUUCGCAUCGUUGGUGCAUGCUUGGAGUUAGCGACAAUAGCAAAUCCUACAGAAGGCCUUUACACCGGCGCUGCAGUGUGUAACUCUGUUGGGAUAUCUCCAUUGAUUCUCGCCUGUGUUGGGCUCAUGCAACGAGCAAACAAUUCCAUAAUAAAUAGAGGCCAAAAGGGAGUUCCUCCCAUAGUGUUCCGAGUAGUAGCACUCUUGGUACUUUUGGGCCUUAUUCUCAGCAUCGUUGGUAUCACUGGUCAGAAUGACAACAGCAUGCCAUAUAUGCCAAAUGGAAAGAGCAAAGCUGCUAUCUGCAUCACCCUCGGUGUUUGGGUCAUCGCCGUUGGUUUACUUUUUAUCAUCCACGGAAACAAGAAAUACAUUCCUUCUGGCGAAAAGAGACUCUUACUGGCAGUCGCAAUCUCCCUCCCGUUUAUCCUCGUCCGCUUGAUAUACAGCUUCAUCAGCGCUUUCAGCCAUAGCAGCAGGUUUAGCAUUGUAUCCGGGAAUGUUACUAUCUACCUGGUUAUGGCUGUGCUAGAGGAAAUGAUCGUUGUUAUCACCUGUCUUGCAGUUGGAUUUACCCUGCAAAGAGAUGGAGUCGCAGCGUACCAGAGCGAACCUGCGUCUGCAGAGGAAGAGAUGAAGGUUUAUCAAGAGGGUCAUGACAAUCGGUACGGACAAGGUGAUCUUCUGUCCAGCCGUCGUUGA